AUGGCCGCCUCUGUAGCCGCCACAGCAUCUGCUGCCCCCACCCCCGCCCUAGUCACAGCCGCGCUAGCCGCCUUUCGACGUCACACACACGCACACGCCUCGCCGCGCCGUCCCUUCUCCUCAUUCCCUUCUCCUUCCGCUGCUGCCACGGCCACCGCGUCCCGUUCCGCCUGCGCACCAGCCGCGCUCGCCGCAGUCCCGCUCGCGCUCUCCCGCGCCUCCGCCACCAGCGCUGCGUACCCAUCCGCCACACCCGCGUCGCUCCGCGCAUUCCGCACCCCGUCCCUGAUCAGCGCGCCGCGAGGUUCCGCCCGUCGCGCCGCAGUCGUCGCCAUGUCGUCAUCGGCCGCUGACGCGAGUGGCGUCUCGCCCACUGCCGGCGGCGGCGGAGCGGAGGCUCCGCCGGAGGGGUAUCGCGCGAACGUGGGGGUGUGCGUGGUGAACGCGGCGAACGAGGUGUUCGUGGCGUCGCGACUGGACAUGCCUGGCGCGUGGCAAAUGCCGCAGGUGCGCUCCACUCCACUCCACUGCCCCGCACGCGCACGUCGUGUUCUCACGCCUGGUGGUACUCACGGCGUCACUCACGGCGUCAAUCCCAGCGUCACUUACGGCGUCACUUACGGCGUCCGUUACGGGGGCGGCAUUGAUGCGGGGGAGGACAUCCGCAGCGCCGCCCUGCGCGAGCUGCGCGAGGAGACAGGCAUCUCAUCCGCUCUGCUGCUCGCGGAGACGCCUGAGUGGCUGUGCUACGACUUCCCUCCUGCUGUGCGCCAGAAGCUUGCCGUGCAGUGGGGCCGCGAGUGGAAGGGACAGGCUCAGAAAUGGUUCCUGUUCCGCUUUGUGGGGGAGGUGAGUGAGAUCAAUCUGGAGGGGCAGGGAGGCGAGCCGCCAGAGUUCUCCGAGUACAAGUGGCUGCCGCCUGCUGACGUGGUGGCUGCGGCGGUGGAAUUUAAACGACCUGUUUAUGAAGCUGCCAUGCGUGUAUUCGAUCCCAUCCUAGCCUCGCAGCAAUCUCCAGCUGCCGUUGAUGGACCCAGCUCUUAA